AGAGUCGCUCACGGUCCAGCUGCCGUACAGCGAGCCGUCUUCAUUGUGAGCAGAAAGCGAGCUAACAACAACCUGUUUGUGGCCUUCAGUGACUGCAACCGGGGAUAAUAUUCGCGAUUGAGACACUAAGGGGUUUCUGGAUAUGUGGAUACGAAAUCAGGUGCAUCCCGGUUCGAGUUGAGGAUCGUGGACAACGAUUUAAAGACGCUUAUUUGCAAACAUACCAACCUUUUUCAAGCAUUUGAGACGCACAAAGAAAUAUACAAGUUAACCUUUGGGAUCCAGUCAUGUCUCGCCGAAGAAGCCACAGCUCAUCACCAGGGCGUUUUUCACGCUCCUGCAGCAGUAGUGAUCCUAGAGAUUUGGAGAGGAGGAUUUUUGUUGGGAAUUUGCCGACCUCCGACAUGGAAAAAAAGGAUCUGGAAGACCUGUUCUCCCCGUACGGCAAGAUAGUCGGCGUAUCCAUGUUUCGUGGGUUUGGAUUUGUACAAUUUGAACGCGUUGAGGAAGCCGAAGCUGCAAAGGCUGCCGUAAAGGGUCGAAUAUAUAAAAGUUAUAAAAUAGAUGUAAAUAUGGCCGUGGAGCGACGGGGCACUAAACCUCAAUCCCAGCAGAGCCCCCCACGAAGGGCCCCAUAUGCCAGUUACGCGGACAGCAAAGAGCCCCGGCCUCGUUCGCGUUCACCCGUUUACAGCCGUGACGGCCGUGAUGGACGUGAUUCACGUGAUUCCCGUGAGCCUCGUGACAGCAGAGACCCAGGUAGAGAGCCCAGGCCAGCUGGCCACUCCCGUGACAAUGAUUACAGAUACCGCAGCUCAGAGAGCCGAGACAAAGAUGCCAGAGGUGACCCCAGGAGUGAUCCCAGGAGUGACCCAAGGAGUGAUCCCAGGAGUGACUUAAGGAGUGAUCCCAGGGGUGACCCCAGGGGUGACCCCAGAGGGGACCCCAGAGCGGACCCUAGAGCUGACCCCAGAGCUGACCCCCGAGACCCGGCUUACAGCAGAGAGGACUACGAUCGAUUCUUCCGCAGUGGCAGUGGAGCAGAAGAUUAUUACCGGAGGAAGGAUGAACCCUUCAGGGACCCCUACAGAGAUCCCUGGAAUGGACGGCGUGAGCCAGAGGCCACCUCCUCCUCCGUAGAUGAUCGUGCUCGCCCUGAAGAGCGUCGACGUAAUGAGUUAUAUCGACAGUACUAUGAAGAACUGCAGCGACGCUACGACUCUGACCGUCCUGUCGACUGCUCUGUGAUCGUCGUCAACAAAGCACAGAACUUCAACAACAACUGUAGGGAGUAUGCUGAAACGGUCGGGCGGAAAAUCCGUGAUUUGGGCAUGGUGGUGGAUCUGAUCUUCCUCAACACAGAAGUGUCCCUAACCCAGGCACUGGAGGAUGUUGGAAGAGCACGCACCCCCUUUGCCAUUAUCAUUACCCAGCAGCACCAGGUCCACCGGUCCUGCACUGUCAACAUCUUGUUCGGCACACCACAAGAGCAUCGCAACAUGCCAAUGCAGGACGCCAUGAUGCUGGUUGCCCACAACUACGAUGCAUACAAAGUUGAAAACCGUGAAAAGGAACGUGAGGAAAUUGCCAGAAAGGCUGCCAAGAUGGCGGAUGAUGUGUUACUCAGGGAGCCUGACAGAGAAAGCCACCCCAUUUCUGUGCUCACUGCCAUCACACUUCUGUCUGAAAACAGAUUUGUAACCCCAGAAGAACUAGACAGUCUCCUUGCUUACCUGAAGGACAAAAGAGCCCGACUACUACGGAGCACUGCAGACCCUCUGACAGCUUCAGUCCAUGCUACUCCUGCAGCAGCUCACCAUGACAUUCCACCCUCGACUGCAGUACUGGCUCCUUCGUCCCAUUCUACCCUCGCACCCCAGCAGCCCAGCCAUCUCGGACUAUCAGCAGCUUCAACAACCUCUGCGAACCCCAGUCAUCAGCAGGAGCUCCAGGCUAAAAUCCUGAGCCUGUUCAACAGCGGCUCCGGAGCAUCAGCAGUUCCAUCCUCCACUUCUCAGGUGCAGGCCUACAGCUCUCUAGGUCCGGUCCCUUCUCAGAACCCACCACCCCGCCCAGCCAUGACUGGCCCUCCUCCUUCUGCAAUGCAAGGUUAUGGCAACCCACUAGGCCGCAUGCCACUCCCACAAAGUCAAAGACCCCCGAGCACUGCUUCAGGAAUCAAUUUUGACAACCCAAGUGUACAGAAAGCCCUGGACACGCUCAUACAGAGUGGACCGUCUCUCUUGGUGGGCACUAGUGCUUCCCAGCAGCCUCCACCCUCUAGGCCAGCACCCAGCAUGAGCCAGGUCCCUUCUAUGUCUAUGUAUCCCCGACAUUACUGAAGGGUUGUAUUAAAUUUAUGAUAAAAUGUGAAGUCCACUUCUCCCUCUGAUAAAAGUAGACACCCCAUCAAUUCUCUGUGCAGUGAAUUUACAUGCUGUGUAAAGUAAGACUGUAGGGAUGUUUGUAAAAACUUUUAAGUUUUUAUUUUAUUCUGGUUGUUGUGUUCAUUUGGUUAAAUUUAAUGACUUGUUCAGACUAAAUUAUGGUCUGUUUUUCUAAUAGCUAGAAGAUAUUCAGUCUUUGUAUAUGUGAGUUAGAGUAUGAAGUGUGUCAACUACAGUAUAUUUUGAAUUUGAAAAACUCCUAAAUUCUGUUCCAGCCAUUACUUCUGAUUUGUUUUAUAGUUUUUUGCAGUUUUGUCGUUUUUAUAAUUUGUAACAUGUUCCUUGUCAUAAUGAGACAUGAUUAAAAAAACUCCAGACACAA